AUGUUUACCGCGGCGGUGCCGUCCGCUUCGUCUCCGGCGGCGUGCUCCGUGCCGUCCUUGAUGCGCAGUGGCGCCUUUUACGGCGGCCAGCAGCGGUUGUUCUCAAUCGCCGCCAGAUGCCCACGGGUGGCACCGGCGAUUUCGGUCCCCGCUUUCCCCGUCGUCGAGGCCAAGGCCUCCACUAGCAGGGAGAACCGCACCGCUCGUCACAAGCGCAUCCGCAAGAAGGUGAGAUUCCGUGAGCUCUGAUUUCGGCAAUGUGUUGUUAUCUCUCCCUUCGUCCUGCACUUAUUCGCCUAUUUUUUUGAGUUUUUUAAACUCCUGGUAGUAUCUUUUACUCCGUCCUUCGGUUUUCUCCCAAACCAUUGCUAUUCAUGUCUGUUUACUAUAAAUUUUUAUUUUUCUACCGAUGGUUUUUUUCCCGAACAGGUGGAAGGUACCCCGGAGAGGCCACGGAUGAGCGUGUUCCGCUCUAAUAAACAUAUAUAUGUCCAAGUGGUUGAUGAUACCAGGAUGCAUACAUUGGCUGCUGCUUCAACAAUGCAAAAAUCAGUAUCUGAGGAAGUCAACUAUUCUUCUGGGCCGACAAUUGUAAGUCGUGUUGGAUUCAUUAAUCCAUUCUGAUAUUUCGAGGGUCUUCAUUAAGUAUACCCAGUAAUUUUUGUAAUUCUUGUCAUUAUUCUUGUCAACACGCUUUUUUUUUGUAAAUUUUGAAAAUAAAAUAUUUUCUUCUUUCUUGCCAAUGGAUUUAGCUGGAAAUUACUUUGUGAGGAUAGGCUCAAAGACCCACCCAGUGAUAACCCGUACUCCAGCUGGCAUAAAGUCAAGUGGUAGUAACUCGUUCAUGGAUCAUUUUGGCACAAUUUCGUCAGCUCCAAAGCUUUGCAGACUUUCUGGUCUAAGAGAAACACCCGAUUUAUGUGCAAUGUUUCCCCCAUAACUAUUUCCACCUGGUCUCUAGAAACAGUAAUUACCCUUGUGGCUCCAUUUCCUUUAGGUUUUGUAACCCAUUGGAGUUGCAGAAAAAAAUUCCUGCGUUUAUGAACGAAUAUAAUGCUUUAUUUCAUGGUCGAAUUCUUAUUGUAAAGUCGUAGUUUUAAAUUUUAUCCCAAUUUUUCUAAGAAUAGUAUCCCAAUUUCUUCCAUGACUCAAUAGUUUUACAAUCUAUCAAGUCAUGGCAUUGAGGGGGAGGUUAGGGAAAGGUUUCCAUGCUGAGUUGUUGUGCAUGACAGGAUUUGGGCCAAAAGUGGCCUACCAAUUGGGAUUCCAAGGCCCAAGGAUCCUGUGGUAUACAGCUUACCCCAUUGAUAUUCUGACAAUUCUGACAGUAGAGCAAUGUACCUCGUGUUCAUAGCAGCAGUGACAUUGGGAUUGCUUACACUUUAUUUAUUGAGACAGUUGUCUUUCUGAAGGAGACUGCCUCUUUGGUUCUUAGUUUGUAAUAUGCUUUGCAUGGUUUCAGAAUUUUAGUAUCAUAAUCUUGAUGAACUUUCCAUCACAGUUCCCUAACCGUCUUUUCCUCUGGAGAUAAGUCAGAUUGGUCUCCUCCAGGUGCCAUGCAUGCUUUUGGAAUAUUUUCUAUUUCUUCCUCUGGGAGUAGAAACUGCUGCUUCCACACAAAUAAAAUAUUUUUAGACAUUUUAUUUUGUGUAGGCACUCUAAUAUUUUUCACGCAUUGAUGAAUUGUGCAUUUUCCUGAAAAAAUUCUGGGUGAGUUUAACUUCUAAGUGAAUAUUCUUUUAAUUUGUACUUUUAUUUUUCUUAUCAAAAAAACAUGCAUUGAUGCAUUGUUCAUCAAAUUUCAUUUAUACUGUUAUUAACUUUCACCUGUCAGAAGUAGAAGAAUGAAAUUAUUCGGAAUUCUCAUAUUUUGGAUUACACGAACUUGAGUGAGGUCCUUUUUCUCUUUGGUUUUUCUCUGCACUGACUGCCCAGAUACCGAAGUUUAGUAGCUACUGAUUGUCAGUGCCCCCUUACUAGGCAUGCCGUAUCCCAAUUCAAGACGAAUACAGAGACCUUCACUUCCACUGAUAACUUUUAUUAUCUCAAAACCGUCUUUUUAUCAUUCAGCAAUAAAUUAUCGUAUCAUAUUUAAUCAAAGUUGAUAAGUGGCGCAUGAAAUACUAAUAAUCUUGUUCUUUCUUAUGUGCGUACAAAUGAUUCUCUUCACUCUUAAGAAGCAAAGCUCGCAAUAUAUUUUCCAUAGUUUGACGAGAUAUUCCCUAUUAAGAAUCCAUUUUCAACUACGAACUAAGUGUAUGCGCUAGUUUGCCAUUCAUGGUUCCUGGUCUAACCACGAAAGUUCCUCACUGUGAAAUCAUCGUUGGCUCUUAUUUCACUUCAGGAGGUGGCCAGGAAGAUUGGUGAAGUCAUCGCAAAGGCCUGCCUGGAGAAAGGAAUCACAAAAGUCGCCUUUGACCGUGGCGGCUACCCCUACCAUGGCCGGAUAGAAGCCCUUGCCACCGCUGCCCGGGAGGGUGGUCUUCAGUUCUAA